GUGGCCGUCAAUCAUUCAUGAGGGGCGUAUCCAGACAGGAGUUUGUGGCUGAAGGAGUCUCUACUGUACCGAGAGGACAAACAGCUGCUAACAGGACAAUGUCUGCAGUACCUGAUGGGAAGAAACUCGUCCGGAGCCCCAGCGGUCUUCGCAUGGUGCCGGAAAACGGAGCCUUUAACAGCCCCUUCUCCCUAGACGAGCCGCAGUGGGUUCCGGAUAAAGAGUGCCCGAGAUGUAUGCAGUGUGACACCAAGUUCGACUUCAUCAGAAGAAAGCAUCACUGCCGGCGGUGCGGCCGCUGUUUCUGUGAUAAGUGCUGCAGUAAGAAGGUUCCGCUGCCCCGCAUGUGUUUCGUGGAUCCGGUGCGGCAGUGUGCUGAGUGCAGCCUGGCCUCCCAGAAAGAGAUGGAGUUCUACGACAAGCAGCUCAGAGUGCUUCUGGGAGGUGGCACCUUCGUCAUCACUUUGGGAACGUCGGAGAAGUCUGAAACCAUGACGUGUCGCCUCUCCAACAACCACAGGUAUAUGUUCCUGGACGGUGAGAGUCACUUCGAGGUGGAGUUGUCUCGGAUCUCCAGCAUGCAGAUUUUGACAGACGGGUCGAGUCCAGGAGGAGGGGUGUCGCGGGCCAGCGGCAUGCUGCUCCACUACAAGCCAAUGGGCUGCCAGGACGGCCAGCAGCUACGCAUGGAGGCAGCAGACGACAAGAAGGCGGCCUCCUUAUGGUUGGCUGCGAUGCACAAGGCGGCCAAACUGCUGUAUGAAGCUCGGGACCAGUGACGUGCAGGCCGCCUGCACCACUGAACCUCCAGGCAGCACACACCCAAGUGUUUUUGUACCCGGUGUCCCCGGGGUUUGGUAUUGUUUGGAUUUUUAUUAACGCCAGUCCAGAUUCUGCUUUUCCGUCUGAUUCCUCGUUGGUUCUUGAUACCAGUUCUUAUCAUGGUAAUUUCUAUAAAAAGAAAACCCUUUAUUACCUCUAUAACCAGUACUUUGUACAUCAUGUUUACCGCAAAUAGGCCGAUUGUUCUUCUUUUUUUUUCCUUUGCAUUUUCCAUCUUUCAGAGUUGUUUAAUCCUCUUUGAUUUAAUACAUAAAUCAGGGCAAGCAGCUUCUACUUUUAAUUCCUGUUCUUUUUCUCAGAUUAGAGAGCUGGACAUUGUUUUUGUCUUUGAUACUUACAGUUGGACCUUGCCAUUAUAACACCUAAGUAAAUGUUAACGUUACAGCUUUCAUAAAUCAUUUAAAUCAAACUUCAGAGAUGCAGUAAAACUUCAGAUAGAGGCACGGUUGUUUCGAUAACUUUAUAUGCUGCAGUUAAAUGUUUUUUUUUGUGUGUGUGUGUGUGUGUGUCAUCUGGGAUUUUAUUUCCUGGAAGAAGUAAUGAGACACUUUACAGAUCCCUGUAGGGAUAUUUUUUAAUUUUAAUUCAAAUUUAGCUGACCCUGCUUCCACAGAGGUCAGCUAAACAGCGCCAAGUAGGGACUGAAUGUCUUUGCUCGAGGGACCUUCAGCAGGAUUUUGACUCCGAGCUUCCAGAUUAAAGGACACUUCCACCUUUUAAAUCCCUUUAACGCAGAUAGAAAAGCAGCUUUGUGUGAUGUGUUUUGCAUUCAUUGCAUUGCAGUUGUUUGUAACUCCAUAGACAACAAAGAUGUCUGCCUUAGUGGAGUUUUGCCAUUCACCAGGAGUACAGACCACAAUGCAGUGGUAGGGCAAUGUAGGAUUCUGUAUCUGAAACAGAAUCAGUUUAUGGGAAUUUUUGUGACAGAAUAUGUCCUGAAAUGCAAAGAACAUCACAGGUUUAUCCACAAUUUAAACAAAAUUGUUCGAUUUUUUUCUUUCUUUAAGAGACAGUUGAGUUUCAGAUGACCAGUUUCUGUUUCUUUGUAAAUUAUUAUGUUAAACUCUUCUUUCUGCUGCAAUUAUUUACAGAUUUAAAUCUUCAGGCCUCAACGUCUAAGGAAGCUAAGGACUUUUCACUGAUUUAGUGAAGCAUAACCACACAGACAUAAAUAAAUGCUUUAAAUGUA